ACCACUGAGCUAAAUCCCGGCCCGAGGAUAGAUAUUCUUAAGGAGCUUUCCAGCUCUGGUUCUUUUAUUCUCGAACAAGGUGGGAGGGAAAGUUGUGGCAGAGUUGGCCAGAGGCUUGAAUGAUGGGCUCUGGAGUUUGGAGUACUGAAUGCUCACCCCCGGGGUCUGGGUGGAGGGCGGGUUAAGGAAGGGAGAGCUCUGGGGGUGGAGGAGGGGGCACAUCAGAACCAGCCAGUCUGGGUCCCCACAUUGGGAAGGUGGCCUCGACCCCCGUCUCUCACAGAACCGCCAUGAGAUGCUGGCCGUGGAACCUAUCAAUGAGCUGCUGCGAGACAAGUGGCGGAAGUUCGGGGCUGUCUCCUUCUACAUCAACGUGGUCUCCUAUCUGUGUGCCAUGGUCAUCUUCACCCUCACUGCCUACUACCAGCCACUGGAGGGCACUCCGCCUUACCCUUACCGCACCACGGGGGACUACCUGAGGCUGGCCGGCGAGGUCAUCACGCUCUUCACGGGCGUGCUGUUCUUCUUCACCAACAUCAAAGACUUGUUCAUGAAGAAAUGUCCCGGAGUGAACUCUCUCUUCAUCGAUGGCUCCUUCCAGCUGCUCUACUUCAUCUACUCUGUGCUGGUGAUUGUCUCUGCGGCCCUCUACCUGGCUGGGAUCGAGGCCUACCUGGCCGUCAUGGUCUUCGCCCUCGUCCUGGGCUGGAUGAACGCCCUCUACUUCACCCGAGGGUUGAAGCUGACUGGGACCUAUAGCAUCAUGAUCCAGAAGAUCCUCUUCAAAGACCUUUUCCGCUUCCUGCUUGUCUACUUGCUCUUCAUGAUCGGCUAUGCUUCAGCCCUGGUCUCCCUCCUGAACCCCUGUGCCAACAUGAAGGUGUGUAACGAGGAUCAGACCAACUGCACGGUGCCCACAUACCCCUCGUGCCGGGACAGUGACACCUUCAGCACCUUCCUCCUGGAUCUCUUCAAGCUGACCAUCGGCAUGGGCGACCUGGAGAUGCUGAGCAGCACCAAGUACCCCGUGGUCUUCAUCAUCCUGCUCGUCACCUACAUCAUCCUCACCUUUGUGCUCCUGCUCAACAUGCUCAUUGCCCUCAUGGGGGAGACGGUGGGCCAGGUCUCCAAGGAGAGCAAGCACAUCUGGAAGCUGCAGUGGGCCACCACCAUCCUGGACAUCGAGCGCUCCUUCCCCGUGUUCCUGAGGAAGGCCUUCCGCUCUGGAGAGAUGGUGACCGUGGGCAAGAGCUCAGACGGCACCCCGGACCGCAGGUGGUGCUUCAGGGUGGACGAGGUGAACUGGUCUCACUGGAACCAGAACCUGGGCAUCAUCAAUGAGGACCCGGGCAAGAGCGAUACCUACCAGUACUACGGCUUUUCGCACACCGUAGGCCGCCUCCGGAGGGAUCGGUGGUCCUCGGUGGUGCCCCGAGUGGUGGAGCUGAACAAGAACUCCAGCCCUGACGAGGUGGUGGUGCCUCUGGACAACCGGGAGAACCCCAGCUGCGACAGCCAGCAGCAGAGUUACCCCAAGUGGAGGACAGAUGACGACGCCCUCUAGGGCUGCAGAAGGCCCUGCCCCUGCCCCUGCCGAUUUCCAGUCCACCUCCUGCUCCAGCGGCGAAUCCCAGUGUCCUCCAUACCUGCAACCCCCAGAGGUGAGGGGCCACGGAGAUGCUGGGGAGCCCCCAGGACCCUCUGGCCUCUAGGCUUCUGCGCCCACUCCCCUGGGAUGGGUUCCCAGCCACCUGUCUCACUCCCAUGGAGUCACCUAAGCACCUCAGGCCUCUGCUGGGACCCUGCCCUGACUUUCCGUUAUUUAUUGCUCUGCUCUCAGGAAAGUGUGAGCAGCCCCACCUGGGGCCAGGUAGCGCCCUCGGUGCCUUGCUGCGGGGCCUGCACACGCCAGCAAUGAUGAAGUGGCUUUGCUGGGCUCCUUGCCUGGGGCUGGGCCGCACUUUCUGUGCGUCCUGUAGUGUCCCCCCUCCGUCAGUGCUCAAUAAAUGUUCACUUAUUGAUGGAGGAGAUGGUGGGCGCAAGGGUGAUGAUGACAGACACAGGGUGACACCGGGGUGUUGGCAGUGCUAGAAUUGCUGGUGGGGAAGG